UCCAUGGGUCACAUAGGACGAAUCCAUUGACAAACCAUUGGAUUAUCUAUAGACACUUUUUGUGGGGCAGUAGAUAUGUAUGUCGGGAAGGCAAAGACGUUCGCAGGAUGAAAUUUUAUUCAAUUUGAGUGAGUUUAAUGGUAAAAUAGUGAAUAUCUGUGCCUCAAAAUGUCGGUGAGAACGAAAUUGCUGGGUCUCAUCGAUGUACUGAUGAGGGUACCCCCGUUGUUUGUGAUUGACGAGAUAUUGAAAAUACAACUGGGACUGGCGAGUAGUAGUAGUUCCAUGUCAACAAUAGUGGAAAAUGUUGAUAAUUUUACUGCGGAAAAUCGAACGGAGGACAUGCAGAGCCUGGUUGAUGAGGAAAUUGAAUUCUACAAAGUUAUCUCCAUCACCACCAUUAAAUUCUUCAUGUGCUUGCUAGGUUGCAUAGUGGCAGCAUGCAUUUUUAUGCUGUGGACACGCCACUUGGUGAUCGUUUACAAAUACAUCCUCUCAGUUGGAUUAAUUUUUCUCUCAUACUGGAGCAAUGUAUCUGCCAUCAACCUCAUCCGUGAAAAUCCGAAUCUCCUAGAGAAUAUCCUCUUGGAUCCCGGAGGCCUAGCAUUUGCCAUCAUUCCUCAUACAAUGGCGCAAUAUAUGAUGGGAGCUGUCUUUGCGUACAUCCAUUCGGGACCAAGGUAUGAUCUCAUUCAGAAGGUCCUCCCCUUCAGUUUCCUCAUGCCACUCAUCUUGGCGUCAUUGCCAUUCAUGCCGACGGCACUCAUAAAACAUUCCCCAGCAUUUGCUGCUAUCCUUCCUCUUGUCCUCUCGAAAAUUGCCCUGUGGAGUUCGUCAUUUGAUGUGAUUAAGACGAUCUUCAAUGGCUAUCAGCACGCUAAGAAUUUCGCAACGAGUUUUGGGCUGUCGGCACUCGUAGAGAAUGAAUGGCAGCGCCUCAAUGUGCCCUGCGUUCUGCGGGCCUUCUGGAUCAUUCGACUCUGUGAGGAACUCGUGACGCUGGUGAUGUCCACUGAAGCCCCUCUGGCGUUUAUGGCAACGGUACAGAGUUUGCUUGUUAGUGGAUGCGAAACUGUGACAGCCGUCCUUGGGAUGACAAGCAUUGUCUCCCUGAUUUGUCACUAUGUCGGCAAGCUAUUUCAGCUUUUCCUUCUGUCGGAGGACUACGAUGAGGACAAAUCCAUUGGGACGGUGUCGGCCAUUCUGUUCUACAUUCUCGCCCUCCAAACUGGACUUACAUCCCUCUCACCGGAUAAAAGAUUCAUUCGUUUGUGCAGAAAUUUGUGCCUUCUCGUCACGGCUCUCCUUCAUUUCCUGCACAACAUUGUGGCGCCUCUUCUUAUGUCUCUCAGUGCUGCACGGAAUCCCUCGCGGAAGAGACACGUGAGGGCUCUUGCUGUUUGUAUGUUCCUCCUCGUAGCGCCCGUUUUUCUUCUCACAAUUCUCUGGUCGCGACAUACACCCUCCACGUGGCUCUUGGCUGUGACCGCAUUCUCUGUGGAAGUGAUUGUUAAGGUACUCGUGAGUCUAGCCACAUACACACUUUUCUUGCUGGACGCCAGACGCCAGACUUUCUGGGAGAAACUCGAUGAUUAUGUCUACUACAUACGAGCCUUUGGGAAUUCCGUUGAGUUUUGCUUUGGGAUCUUUCUCUUCUUCAACGGUGCCUGGAUUCUUCUCUUUGAGUCUGGUGGUGCAAUAAGAGCUCUCAUGAUGUGCAUUCAUGCGUAUUUCAAUAUUUGGUGCGAGGCAAGAGCAGGUUGGGCUGUUUUCAUGAAGAGACGAACGGCUGUCCACAAAAUCUCCUCUCUUCCGGAAGCCACAACUGAGCAAUUGCUCGCCUUUGAAGAUGUCUGUGCCAUUUGCUAUCAGGAGAUGACUUCAGCCAAGAUAACGCGAUGUAAGCACUAUUUUCACGGUGUGUGCCUCCGGAAGUGGCUGUAUGUGCAGGAUAGGUGUCCUCUUUGCCAUGAAAUCAUUAUGAAUCCAGAUCCCAAGCAAAGUGAAAAGUGCCCAGAAGAGCAACCGGCUGAAGAGAGACCAGCACCAAUUGCUGAUCAAAGUGCAUCGACGAGUACAGCGGAUAGACCAAAUACGUCUGCUGAAGCAACAAUUGAGCGUACCUUAAACUCAUCGGUAAAUCAUCUGUAGAGUUAGGUAACCAGAAAAUAUAUUAAUGAAGACAACAGUAGGACAAAAAAAUGGGUAAAAACGGGGAAAAAUAUUAGGAGAAAAAGAAAAAUAAAAUUAAGAGUGUAAAACAAUUUACAAUUUGUCAUGAGAAUUUAGUAAUAUUUAUUCACAAAAUCCUUAAGGUUUAAGAUGGGAUAGGAAACACAUGCAGAGCGACUUACUUUAUUUUUUUUUUUAUAUAUUCUCUUCUUUAAGACAAUUGUUUCAGUGAAAGUGUUGGAAGAAUUAGAAUUUUUACAUUUUGUUGAGACAGAGGACAAUUGAAUGAAGAGAAUAUAUUAUUUUGGUCAUUAGGUGUGAACUUUUUUUUUUUGAAGAGUUAUAAAUCAAAUAAAAUCAAUGAGUGCAAUAGGAGAUUUAAAGAAAAUUCUUUUUUUUUUAUUUAGAAGAGACAUGUUUUAGGCAAAUGGUUCAAAUUUUUUUUUUGAAGGUAUCGAUCUCUUUGUAUAUUUAAUUUUUUCUGAGAACAUCAUUGCAGACUUAUUAAAAUGAAAUUAUUGGCAAAAAAAGAUUGGUUGAAGGUAAAAACAAUUUCACAGCUAUUUGGAAAAGUAUAAAUUUUGAAUUCAAUGAAAUAUCAACAAGAAAUUGUCACACUUAAUGAUCAAUAAAUAGAUAGAAUUAAUUAAGUUUUAGUUUUGAAUGUGUUAUAUCGAUUAAAGAAGAAGAGGAAAAUGUAUAAAUCCAACAUCGAUAGAAUGAGGAAAAUUUAUAUUAAUAAAAGUUUAAUGCAAAAGUCAUAAGUCAAUAAAUGUGAAAGAAAAAAAAAGGCUUAACAGUAACUGAAAAAUAAAAUUAAAGAAAAAAUUACUUGCAAAAGCGAAUCGUUAUGCAGUCGUGUGGUGUAUAUACAAAAUAUAUAUAUUUUUACUAGGUGUAUAUUUAUAUUGAAGACAUUAUUAUGUAAGUAAGUGAAGAAAGAAAAACCACUUUGAUGAGCAAAGAGAUGAGAAAUAAAUUAAAUUGAUGUCCAGGAGCAAGUCAAAAAAAAAAAAGGAAAACAAA